UGCUCAAAAUGGGUUUUUUUUCUUUGUAUUUAAUUUUGUUCAUUAUGGUGGUACUAUAAUAAUUUGUACAACUUUAGUCUUAAGCUGAAAUUUGAAGGUAGAAUAUACCUACGUGUGACGCAGCGACAAGGCUCCAACGGUUUUUGUCUUUGACCACGGGGCAGUCGGCUUGUCAAUCCGCGCGCGACACACGUAUAUACUGCUCUCAUAUUUAAAUCACGUGGUGUUGUAACUUCUAGAUAAUUAAACUGUUUUUCGUGUCCCGUAUUGUGAGCUUUUAUUGUGGAACACCUUCACCAUCAACAGUGGUUACUUCGACCGGAUUUAUGUUCCAUACUCCGCCUGUGAAGAUGGUUAAUACUCGCAGUACAACGCGCAGGGAACGCGAAAGAAAAGCAGAAGAGGAUAGACAACUUCAGCUACAAGUGCCUUCUCAGCCAACUAAUGUAAAUAAUACACAGAACAAUGACGAAACGAAGCGUAUGCUCCCCGCGUUUAAAUUAUCGGGUAGCAGCUUAAAAUCGGAGUAUCGCCCGGUGCAACAUACGCCCGCUUCGCUAACGGGGGCAAAGUCCAAGUCGUCAUCAUCGUCUGUGCUGGCUCGAAGAAAACAGCUGGAACUAGAAGCGGCUCAAGAAAAAGCGCGUAUUCAAAUGGCCCUCAUCGACAAGAAACUUGAGGCUGAUUUAGCUAACCUGAUGGAUGAGGAACAAGGAAAGUACAGUCCACAUGAUGAGCUGCACACUGACAAACAGAGUGAAGUGGAGAAGUGGUUGGAACGAAGCCAACGUGAGCUGGAAUCCGCCGCACAGCAAGUCCCCGAUUAUGGUAACCAGCCGGACCUGCCGUGCCCGCCGCCGGUCGUCGACCCCGGCACCUCUAAUGGAACGAUUCAAAUGCUCGCAAGUGCGCUUCAAAAUCUAACUGCAAGUACCACUAAACAUAAGAGUGACAAAAACCUGCUAAGCCGAUUAUGUACUCCCAGAGACCUACCUAGCUACUCUGGCGACCCUUUGGACUGGCUACAAUUUAAGCAGGCCUAUGAAGAGUCUACCGAAGUGUGUGGGUUCAGCCCGAAGGAGAAUCUAUGGAGACUGAGAAAAUGUCUACACGGAACUGCCAGGGAAGCAGUUUCAGCUUUAAUGGUUACUGCCACGUCGCCCGAUAUAGUGAUGAAAACCUUGGAACUGGUAUGUGGAAAUCCUGAAAGCAUCUUAACUCGCAUCAUGCAAGGAUUACGAAAACUACCAUCUAUGUCGAACGAGUACAGUAAGGACAUCGUAUCAUUCUCAGUCAAAGUGCAAAACUUCAUCGCAGCCGUACAUGCAGUCGGCCGCAAAGAGUACCUACACGACGUAAACAUGGCUAAUAUUAUCCUAUCUAAAUUACCGACCGUCAUUAUAUCGAAAUGGUCUGACUACAGUUUCCCUAUAAUAACCGAAGGCAAGAAGCCACGCUUGGAGAUACUCGGAGACUUUUUAAACAUCGAAGCAGUCAAAAUAACUACUACAGCGAACAUUCACGUCAUGGAUCAGCGCAAUAGUUAUCAACAUCACUCGAGAAACAAAAGUGAUAAUAAUAACGCCAACCGCCCGCAAACAGUGUUAUUGCAAUCGGCGCGCAGUGACAAGUGUGACAACAAAUGUUUAUUUUGCCGCGGCGCAAAACAUGAGUUAACUGAGUGCAAGAUGUUCAAAAAGGCGUUAAGAAAGGACCGGUGGCGUCAUGUGAAGCGCCACGGAGUAUGCUUCAAGUGCCUUGUGUCAUGCCACGAUCGCGAGAACUGCCCCGCGCCCGCUUGUGACAAGGAUGGGUGUGGCGAGGCGCAUCAUCGACUAUUACAUUAUGUACAACAUCGCGAUACUGAUAAGGAUGCUACGUUGGAAUCUGCAGAUACGCGGGAAACAGCCGAGUCGAGCCCUACUAAGGAAACAGUAUCCUUUAUAAACAUAAAUGACCAUAAAGUGUUGCUAAAAGUAGUGCCGGUAAAAAUACGCGGACCUAACGGUGUGUUUACGACAAGUGCAUUUUUAGAUGACGGAAGUAGUAUCAGUCUUAUCAGUAAAUCGCUCGCCGCGCGCGCCGGCCUGCGCGGGCGCACUGAGACUAUGCGAGUGAGCGGAGCUUGGAAAGAUAGCGAUUUAGAGUGUACUUAUACAGUUGUGUCUAUCGAUGUAUCUAGUUUAAAUGGUAGUGAGAUUUUUAAUAUUAAUUUACGAGCUGUAGAUAAUUUGCACAUUCCUGAGCAGGACUUUAGGUCCAUUGAUUGUAAUAAAUUUGCCCAUUUACAAAAGUUAAAAGACAAAUGGUCACCUAAUGUAAUUUCUUGUAAUCCUGAGGUUUUAAUUGGGCAGGAUAAUUAUGAUUUAAUUAUGCCGUUAGAAAUAUGUAAAGGUAAACCCUUUGAGCCGUUCGCUUCGCGCACUGUCUUAGGUUGGUCCGUCCAUGGGAAGAUGCGCGCCCCGCACGGCUGGGGCACCCACGCCGCCCACAACCUGCUGAUAGCGGCAGAGGGCGCCGGGGCGCCCUGCCCGAGCGCUCACGAUGACGCGCUCCGCGACCUUCAUGAGGAAGUAAGACGUUAUUUUUCUAUUGACUCUCUAGGUGUGUGUAACAAGCCCCGUCAAAACAGCGAUGACGUCCGUGCCUUAGCCCAGUUGGACCGCACGACGACCUUCGCUGACGGCAGGUGGCAAGUGGGUCUGCCGUGGCGCGACGAGAACAGCGUGAUGCCGGACAGUUACCCUAACGCCCUAAAUAGGUUAAAGGGAGUUGAAAAGAAAAUGGCGGCAAACAGUGAGUAUGCUCAGAGGUACACGGAUCGAGUAAAUCAUUUGUUCCAAAAUGAUUUUGCAAGGGAGGUCAGUGACCCUCGUUCCACUUCCCCUCACACAUGGUACCUACCUCACCAUGCUGUGGACAAUUUAAACAAGAAAAAACUUCGUCUUGUUUUCGAUUGUGCCGCCAAAAGUAAAGGUACAUCGUUGAACGAAUACCUACUUCAAGGUCCCGACCUGCUCGCGUCCCUAUUCGGCAUUAUGGUACGAUUUAGAGAGAAUAGGUACGCUGUGGCCGGGGACUUGCGUGACAUGUUCCUAAGGGUCAAAAUACGACCCGAGGACCAGGACGCACUUAGGUUUUUAUGGAGGACUGACUCUAAACAGCCAGUCAAAACAUAUGCUAUGACGUCACUAGUGUUUGGCGCUAAUUCGUCCCCUUUUAUCGCCCAGUACGUCAAAAAUAAGAACGCACAGCGUUAUGCGUCCACAAUGCCUGCUGCUGUUGCUGCCAUCUGCGAGCAACACUACAUGGACGAUUACUUGGACAGUUUGCCAGAGGAGGCCGCGGCUAUAAAAAUGGUAAAAGAUGUUACUUUUAUUCACAAACAGGGCGGGUUCGACAUGUGCAACUGGACAAGUAACAGCGAGGCAGUGUUGGACAGCGUGCCAAAAGAAGCCUUAGGCAUAGCAGCCUUAAGGUUCAAAUUAGAUCGACAGCAAGAAGGUGAGAGAACGCUUGGUCUUAUCUGGUACCCCGCUACAGAUGAGUUUGGGUUUGAUUUGUCACUCAAACGCAUACCUACCGAUAUAGUUAGCGGUAAACAAGUACCUACUAAAAGGGUCAUGCUUCGUGUAAUAAUGUCGAUAUUCGACGUGUUUGGUUUCUUAUCUCCAUUCACUAUUCAAGGUAAGAUAAUGCUACAGUCUUUAUGGCAAUUAUCCAUUGAUUGGGACGAAAAUAUUCCAAAUAAUAUUUUCGUUAAGUGGAGUGAAUGGAUUAAUCUUUUAAAACAAAUGCGUUAUGUACGUAUACCUAGAUGCUAUCUAAGUCCUUUAGGUGCAAGCGGCUUGGGCAAACGAGCGACGGCAGAGCCGCCGAGCAGUGCUACGACGCGCGUAGCCGGUGACUCCUCCCCCGCGCGGCCCGCGACCGCCGCACCGCCUGCUCAUACUACGCCGCCACCUACUUAUCAGCCGCGUAGCAGUGCUACGCCUAAUGCGCCGGCAUCGACUACGAAUAUUUAUAAUUCUUACGGUAAUAAUUUAGAGAUGCAUAUUUUUUGCGAUGCGUCUACCAAAGCAAUGUGUGCGGUUGCUUAUUGGCGCUGGAUUUAUAAUAAUGAAAUACACGUCGCCUUUAUAGCAAGUAAGUGCAGAGUCUUACCCGUGAAACCUUUGUUGACUGUACCUCGUGCCGAGUUACAGUCGGCUCUUAUGGCAGCGAGACUGGCGGACAGUCUACAAAAGGACCACAGGUUAGUGGUACAGCGCCGUUGUUUCUGGAGCGAUUCAACCACAUUCCUGCACUGGGUUAAGAAUGACGCGCGCAAUUAUAAAACAUUCGUAGCAAACCGGUUAGGGGCUAUUGAUGAGCUCACGCGCAGUAAUGAAUGGCGGUAUGUACCUACCAAACUGAAUGUUGCGGAUAUUGCAACGCGCGAGACUUAUGACGAUACUCUCUUCCAAAACGAGUGGUUAAAGGGCCCCUCGUUCUUGAGAAGCGACGAGUCAUCCUGGCCGCGUAAUAUUGUCGGCUCUGCAGCCGAUGAACCUGAAAGGUCAGAAAUUAUUAAUAUAAUUAAUGACUUACCUGCUACAUACUUACCUGUAUUUAAUCCGGAGCGCUUCUCUUCGUGGUUGCGGCUGUUGAGGAGCACAUAUCAUGUGUUAGUAUUCGUGCAUAAAUGUCGAAAGCAGACUUACGAUGACUCUGAGUUGAUGCGGCGAGCUGCGCUGCUACUGGUGCGACAGGUACAAGAAGAGUGCUUUGGCGCGGAGUUAGCUGCAAUUAGAAAAGGUAUGAGUCUCGAACGAAAUAGCCGAAUACUUACCUGGUCACCUUACCUGGAUGAUUGUGGAGUCCUACGCUGCGGCGGCCGUAUCAAUGCCGCACAGGGUGUAAGCGCUGAUACAAAGUACCCGAUUAUUUUGGACGGGCGGCACCAGGUGACGCGAUUGCUCGUGAAGCAUUAUCACGUCAGGGCUGCGCAUGAUUACCAGGAAACAGUGGUGAACAAUCUCAAGGAAAAAUAUGCAAUCACGAGGAUAAGGCCAACGGUUAAACAUGUGGCUGCGAGAUGCAUGUAUUGUAAAAUACGCAAGGCGCAACCACAUGUACCUGUAAUGGGUGAGUUACCUCCAGGCCGAAUGGCGCAUCACCAGAGGCCAUUUACACAUUGCGGCCUUGACUUGUUCGGCCCUAUGGAGGUGGUGGUAGGCAGAGGACGCCAGAAAAGGUACGGGGUAAUUUUUACUUGCCUUACGGUAAGGGCGAUCCAUUUGGAGAUCGUACAUUCUCUCACCACCGACUCCCUCAUUAUGGCGUUACGGCGUAUGGCGUCGCGUCGAGGAUGGCCAGGCUGUUUCUACUCGGAUAACGGUACGAACCUACGGGGAGCUGAUACCGAGUUGAAACGAUCUGUGCAGGAGCUCGACAACAAAGCUGUCAAUGACUUCGCAUUGACCAACGGUUCGAGUUGGAAGUUUAUACCUCCCGCGAGUCCCCAUUGGGGUGGGGCAUGGGAGCGCCUCAUACGCGGCGUUAAGAGAAGUCUUAGCGUUGUUCUCAAAGAGCGGGCACCGAAGGACGAAGUUCUCAGCACUCUGAUGGCGGAGGUGGAGAAUAUUGUCAACAGCCGCCCGCUAACCCACGUCUCCGUGGAACCAGGUAGUGAUGGUGCUUUAACGCCGAAUCACUUCCUUCUCCACUCUUCCCCUAAUAUUCCCGCUUUAGGCGUCUUUGACGAUUCAGACUUGUUCCUUCGGAAGCAAUGGCGGACGAGUCAAAGGCUGGCCGAUAUGUAUUGGCAGAGGUGGGUAAAGGAAUACUUACCGGAGCUACUCCCGAGAAGGAAGUGGAACAAUGAGCAAGCUCCACUCAAGAACAAUGACGAAACGAAGCGUAUGCUCCCCGCGUUUAAAUUAUCGGGUAGCAGCUUAAAAUCGGAGUAUCGCCCGGUGCAACAUACGCCCGCUUCGCUAACGGGGGCAAAGUCCAAGUCGUCAUCAUCGUCUGUGCUGGCUCGAAGAAAACAGCUGGAACUAGAAGCGGCUCAAGAAAAAGCGCGUAUUCAAAUGGCCCUCAUCGACAAGAAACUUGAGGCUGAUUUAGCUAACCUGAUGGAUGAGGAACAAGGAAAGUACAGUCCACAUGAUGAGCUGCACACUGACAAACAGAGUGAAGUGGAGAAGUGGUUGGAACGAAGCCAACGUACGGUGUGCGAGGUUACCCGCUCUGCACUAGCCAUCGUGGAGCGCUGGUGCAUUAACAACGAACUCACAGUCAAUCCACGCAAGACGGAGCUGGUUAUGUUCACCAACAAACGCAAUUUGGGAAACUACCGCCUUCCCAAACUGUUCAAUACAGAACUCCAACUAUCUGCAGAGAGGCUGGCCUGUAUGGCGGCCACGGGCUGCAUGAGAGCAACACCAACUGCGGCCCUGGAAGCCCUACUGGGCCUGCCGCCGCUGCACCUCUUUAUACAACAGGAAGCGCUAGCUGCGGCGGUACGUCUCAAAAAAUCUAAUCUCUGGAGACCGCCUAGGGUGCCACACACCGAGAUCCUCUACGAGGCCAUAGGUAAGGAACCGCUAAUUGAGGCGGUGACUGACAGGAUACCCAGGCAAUUCGUCUUCGACAAAAAGUACAAAAUACAAUUACACGAAGAACCCCAUGAAGGACUCAACCCAAGGGAGCUGUGA